GGCAAGUUGCGCACGUGCCCAUAUACGGUGUCUCUUUCCUUGACUCGGAAUUUAUCUAUAUAGGUAGUCUUUAUUCCAAUGGAUCAAUCACUAUUCCUGUUUGGCGUGAUAUUGAAGAUCGAUUCAUCACAUAGACGGAGGACAGGGCAUUUCCAUGGCAAAGAGCGGUCUUGUCUUGUACAGUGCGCUGGCACUCUUGUGUUCUUGUUUUGUGUUCACUCAGUGUGCUCCUGAAAAAGCACCGGUUACUCAGCUUCCUGGAUUCAACGGCUCUUUCCCUUCCAAACACUAUUCUGGGUAUGUGACGAUUGGUCCGCACCAUCGGAGGCACUUAUUCUACUAUUUUGUGACGUCAGAAAGGGACCCUUCCAAGGAUCCGGUGGUUCUGUGGCUAAAUGGAGGACCAGGGUGUUCGAGCUUUGAUGGUUUUGUGUAUGAGCAUGGACCUUUCAAUUUUGAAGCCGCAAAGAAACAGAAAAGCCUACCGCGACUGCAUUUGAAUCCCUACAGCUGGUCCAAGGUCUCCAACAUUAUUUACUUGGAUUCUCCUGCUGGUGUGGGAUUAUCGUACUCCAAAAAUUCGAGCGACUAUCAAACUGGCGACAUAAAGACUGCUCUUGAUUCUCAUACAUUUCUCCUCAAGUGGUUUAAGCUCUAUCCGGAGUUCCUUCCAAACCCAUUCUUCAUAGCUGGAGAGUCAUAUGCAGGGAUCUAUGUGCCAACUCUUGCGGUUGAAGUAGCAAAUGGUAUUGAUGCUGGAGUGAAGCCCAUUCUCAAUCUUAAGGGUUAUAUUGUUGGUAAUGGAGUCGCUGAUGAGAAAUUUGAUGGCAACGCUCUCGUUCCCUUUGUGCAUGGGAUGGGCCUGAUCUCAAAUGACCUGUUUGAGGAGGUUAACAGGGAAUGCAAAGGGAAUUACUAUAACUCGUCCAGUUCAACAUGUGACAGCAAACUCACAAAAGUUUAUCAGGUUAUUGUUGGUUUAAACAUAUAUGACAUCCUAGAACCAUGCUACCAUGGACCGUCAACGCGGAAGGUUGCAGCUAGCAAUGAUAGAUUACCUGUUAGCUUUAGGCAAUUGGGAGAGACUGAGCGGCCUCUUCCUGUGAGAAAAAGAAUGUUUGGCCGUGCCUGGCCUCUUAGAGCUCCCGUGAGGGAUGGACCUGUUCCAACAUGGCCACAGCUUCUCAACAGCGUCAGCGUUCCAUGUACCAAUGAUGAAGUUGCGACCGCAUGGCUGAAUGAUAAAGCAGUCAGGAAAGCAAUACAUGCGGAAGAGCAAAGUGUGGCCGGCGCUUGGGAGUUAUGCACAGACAGAAUAUCGUAUAAUCAUGAUGCUGGAAGUAUGAUUAAGUACCACAGAAACCUCACUUCUAGGGGGUAUCGAGCACUCAUAUUCAGUGGUGAUCAUGAUAUGUGCGUUCCCUACACUGGUAGCGAAGCAUGGACAAGGUCUCUGGGUUAUAAAAUCGUGGAUGAGUGGCGGUCUUGGAUAUCCAAUGAACAAGUUGCCGGGUACAUUCAAGGAUAUGAAAACAACCUCACCUUCUUAACCAUCAAGGGCGCUGGACAUACGGUCCCAGAAUACAAACCUCGAGAGGCAUUGGAUUUCUUCAGCCGUUUUCUAAGGGGAAAGCGGAUAUGAUAGAAGAAAAGAUUGCUUUCCGAUG